UGUAAAACUCCAAAACUUAUGUAACUGAGCAACUAAUCUUCAGUAAUCUUGGGUAAGGCAUUUAAAUCCAAGGAAUAAGCCUGGUUUUGUGAGCGCGGCGGAACUGCAAAAAGAAAUGAAGCAAGAAAGCAAAGUCCACUCGGAGCUCUCUCUUCUUGCAAUGUAACGUCCGCUCCAUGCGUGCAAAGCUUCCUGUUGUUCUUCGGAGGGCAAACGCGCCUCCAAUGAAUGGCUGCUGAACGUUAGGAGACCGAAGGUGGUUUUGUGCUCUUUGCGACUCUCGGCUCAGCCAUGAAAGUCACCACCCUCUUUGCCUGCCAUUGCCUUGGCUUAGCCUGGUAUGCAUUUCUAAUGCAUGAAAUCUCAGGAAUAACGCGUAGAGGACGGAAGGAUGCCCCUGCCGCUGUCUUACCCUACGGCGGGCACUGGAAGUUUUUGACCGUUCUCAAUCUGCUUUUGCAGGCUGUUUACUAUGGAGUCGCCUUGCUGGUUGAUGCGUGUGUACUAAUGAAGAAAUACCGAAUUGCUAAGUCAAUGUUUCCCCUCAGAGACUUGCUCUUUGGUGCGCUGGCAUUUCCUGUGUCCAUGUUUGUGUUUACGUGCUUCUGGGCAUUGUACUCGUAUGAUCGGGAGCUGGUGUAUCCCAAGGACAUUGAUUUGAUUAUUCCUACAUGGACAAAUCACGCUAUGCACACAACUAUACUUCCAUUGGUUCUCUUGGAGCUCUUGGUUACCCCUCGCCGUAAUCCAUCAAAGGCAAAAGGAAUCAGCUUCUUAUUAAUCGCCAGUGUUGCCUAUGUUUGCUGGCUCCUGUGGAUUCACUCAGUAACUGGGAAGUGGGCAUACCCCUUCUUUGAUUUCCUCAGCCCACUCAGCACUACAGUCUUUUUCCUUGGGUGUGCUGUGUUCCUCUUGUUUUUCUUCAAUAUGGGUGGUUUUCUCUGUCGCAUGAUUUGGGGGGACUCAAUAGUAAUACUUGACAUUUACAAGAAGAAAAGCAAAUGAAACUCAGAUGUUGCCAGAGUGAGACCUGCACACAUUCUGAAAUCAAUGAAGCAGAGAAAGAAAAUCUCUCUGGUUGAAACCAUCUCCCAACCCUAUUCAACAUUUAGUGUCUUCCAAUGAAUGCAGAGAUGCUACCAGAUUCCAAAAGAAGAAAACAAAAACAAAAAACUGAUUUCAGGACACGGAUUUGGGAGUCUGGCUGGAGCUAAACCCAUCCCCACGUUCCAGAGAGAGUCACUGGAUUAAAAAAUGGCAUUCCUUUGAGUCAAGAUAUGUUCCCUGGUCCGCCUGGCCUUCUGCCUGGCCUGCUGAAAUGCCUCCAGUUAAUUCAGUGUGCCAGUUAAUUCAUUGGUGCCUGCCACAGUGUAGAAUCCUCCAAAGCCCUUUGAAGUCCUCCUAGCCUGCACUGCACCCUGCCCAUUCCCCUCCCAUCCCAGUGAAGUCAUCCUGGAGCAAGGAGGAAGGGGCUCUUCUGCACUGCAAGGAGGCUCAUAAGGCUUGGAUGUUCUUGAAUGUGUUGCAUUUCUAUGGGUGUGGGAUGCUCUGUGCAUGUGCGAAGCAUCCAAGGUCUCAAAACCUGCUGCAGCCCUUCUGGUGCAGAUUGGACUCUCCCUGCCAGCCCUGCAGAAUCCUCUAUGGGGGCAGGGGAGAACUCUUUCUUCACUGAGAGGACUGCUGCAAGCUAGGAAGGUUCUUGGCUCUGGGGGAUGUCAGUGACUGCAAGGGUGUGUGCAGGGGCCUAGAGAACCUGAUCGCAUCAGGUUUGGAGUUCAGACAGAACCAGGCCUCUGGCUAAAACAUUUGUGAAUUUAAAUCUACUCCCGAUCAGGCUGCCAUGAUUUGCCCAUCUUUAAAUGAACCUUUUACACUAGAUGAUGACCAACGGGAGAAAAAGGCAUGGUGGCAUGAUUUGAGACAAUCAAAUAAAUCUGUUAUAAAUGAUAGAAACAUACAGAACCCAUUCUCCAGUCUGGAGAAUGGGCUCAGAUGGGGAGAGGGGAGGAAGCCACGAAAAGCUUACCUCCCCCACAGACGAUCCCGCCCAUUGCUGGCUUCUGCCAGUAGCAGGGAGGGGGAAGGGAGGUUUGGGGGCCAGGAGACCCCCUGGAGCUUCCAUAAUGUGCCACGCGAGUGUGCAGUGCAUUAUGGAGCAACCAACACACAAGCAUUUUGCCCGCUUUUGGGGCACCCUCCCGCCCCAAACCCAGGCUAAGCUGCAGGCUCCCUGAGCAGGCUUGCUGCCACGCCGCCACCAGGAGCCGUGCAGUUCUCAGCAGUACACACGCACACCCCGAAAACCAGGAUGGCCUUCCUUAGCCCAGUUUUUGGUGCACAUGUGAAUCGCUUCAUAAUGUCCCAUUCCCAACUCAGUGUCACAGGAUAAGUGUUCAUUCUUAAUUACUGAAACCGAUCUGUAUAUGCCCUGUGAAAUCAAUGUGGCUGCAGGAAGCAAGCUUCUGAAAUAUUAAUAUGCAGAACUGUUGAAAAAAGAGCUAAUGAGAUUCCUGACAAUCACAUGGUUUCCGCUUUGGGGUUUCAGCGAUGGUAAUCCUGAAUCAACAUAAUCUAAUUAUGACAAGUCCAUGUAUGAGCCUACCAAGUAUAUAACUUACAGCACUGUUUAACGUUAAUCUCUCUGCCAUGUUUGACAUUCAUUUACUAAUCUCACUUGCUAGUUUAUUUCUGUUAUUAGCCUUUAUGUCUUAUUAAGCCUUAGGAACAAUUCUUUUGAAUCCGCAAUUAAAGAAAUGAACAUGA